GAUUAUGAAAAAAAAAUAAACCUAAAAGAUUGAAUUUGAUUAAUCUAUUGUUCAAAAUAAAAACUCUGAGAUUGCAAUUAGGCCAAACUCUGGUAAAUUAGCUCCAAUUAUUAAAUCUCCUUUGCCUCCUAGAAAAGCAACUUUAUCUUAACAUUAAAAACAAAGAAAAAAUUAAUAAGAACUUCAAUUAUCUCAAGACAUCAAAGUUAUUAAAAUUCGAAGUAUAACACCAAAUGAACAAAAAAUAGUUCAAUAUUAUGUAUUAAUCCCUAUUUUAUCAAAAAAAGAAUGCUAGUCCUGUUAAACUAAUUUAAAAAUAACAAGCAGUUUAAUCAGAAAAGAAAAUAAUUGUUAUUCCCAAAAGACCAGAAAAAUAAUAAUUUAGAAUUACAAAUAAAAUUAAUUCAUCAGCUGAAAAAAAAAGUUCACAAUUAAAGGGAAGCAAUAAUUAAGGUUACGAGUUUAAUUGGAUAAAUCAUGAAUCAACUUAAAUUAUAGAAUUUAACAAUUAGAAAAAAAAUAAUAUAAGAGAAUAACAUUAUAAAUAGUAAAAGUAAGAAUUUAAAAAAACUAUUCCAAAAUGUGUUAAAGAUUUCUCGAUGACUUCUCAUAAAAAUGAUUUGCCUUAAUUAUUAAAAAAUUACUAAUAAGAAUUUAAAGAUGUUCAUUAAUAAUAUAUGCAUGAUAAUCCACCUCCUCUAAAUAUGAGUGGUAAGACAUAUUAUUAAAAAUAGAAAUAAUGGAAAUCAAUGAAGAUGGUUUUUCCUCUUUAGCUUAAAGUACCUAUCAUCAUUAGAUCCACUGA